AUGUCUUUUAUAAUAUCUAUCUAUCUAUCUAUCUAUCUAUCUAUCUAUCUAUCUAUCUAUCUAUCUAUCUAUCUCGCUCUGUCUCUCCCUCUCUCUCUAUAUAUAUGGAUUUUGUCAAAGCAAAUGUUAUCUAUCUAUCUAUCUAUCUAUCUAUCUAUCUAUCUAUCUAUCUAUCUAUCUAUCUAUCCUCUUUCUCUCUCUCCCUCUCUCUCUCACACACACACACUCUCUCUAUAUAUAUAUAUAUUUAAUCCCUCCUCUCUCUCUCUCUCUCUCUCUCUAUCUAUCUAUCUAUCUAUCUAUCUAUCUAUCUAUAUAUAUAUACUCUAUAUAUAUAUAGAGAGAGAGAGAGAGAGAGAGAGAGAGAGAGAGAGAGAGAGAGAGAGAGAGAGAGAGAGAGAGAGAAAGAGGAGAGAGAGAGAGAAAGAGAGAGAGUCCACUAUCUAUCUAUCUAUCUAUCUAUCUAUCUAUCUAUCUAUCUCACUCUUUUCGUUAUCUAUCUAUCUACCUAUCUAUCUAUCUCGGUCUUUUCAUUUUCUAUCUAUCUAUCUAUCUAUCUAUCUAUCUAUCUAUCUCGGUCUUUUCAUUUUCUAUCUAUCUAUCUAUCUAUCUAUCUAUCUAUCUCGGUCUUUUCAUUUUUCUAUCUAUCUAUCUAUCUAUCUAUCUAUCUAUCUAUCUAUCUAUCUAUCUCAUUUCAUUACCUAUCAAUAUUCACUAGCUCAGUCAUUUCAUUAUCUAUCUAUCUAUCUAUCUAUCUAUCUAUCUAUCUAUCUAUCUAUCUAUCUAUGUCUUUUCAUUUUCUAUCUGUCAAUCUAUCUACCUAUCUACGUCACACUGUCUGCGGUGAACUGCUCCGAACUUGACUCUCGACGCUUUUGCUCUCUCUUGGCUGUGCAGAAGUUACGAAACGAGAUAUCUCCGUAUAGCCCUACAGUAGGUAUACCUUUUAAUAGUUGUGUAUUUGUAUAG